UUUUCAUAUAACAUUGUUUCUGAUAAUUCACCACCGUUUUACCCCAAAAUUUACCUAUGGAUUAAUUGAAAGUAAAAUUAGAAACAUCCAAUAGAAUAUGCCUUAAAACAGAACGGGUGAAUCUGAAUGUAAAUCGUUACGAAAUAGUAUUUAUGAGUGGGAAUUUAAUGGCUAUUCAAAAUUUCUUACGAAAAAUCCUAUACAUAAAACGCUGCAAAUCGAUGGAACGGUUGUCUAAUACCUGACACACCCGGGUUUCUUCCGGGAAUUCACCGGGUAAGCUUUUUUCACCUUGACGGGUUGGAUAAACUUGGAACGUGUCUUUCGGGAAUCUCGUAAUAAAAGAUAUCUCCGUAAGCAUCAUGUAAACAAAGUGCUAAUAAGUGAGUUAUUAAUUGCACAUAUCUCUCGGAAAUAAAAGAGCUGUAAAACCGCAAAACCUUCAUAUUUGACCAUCACCAAGCCAUGUCCUUGCCAUCGGUCAUUCUACUUCCAGCCUUGUCCACUAAAACUAAUCUGAAAUAAAUAUGUACUAUUGACUAUGGAGGCUACAAAUAUAUAUAAUCUAUUAAAAUGUAAAUCGACUUUAGUCCCAUUUUCAAAUAUUUCCGAAUUUGAAAACUUAGUCCUGCCGUCAAAUUACACAAGUUCAAUCGUUAACAAUAAUUCUGAACACCUCUGGUUGACAUAUUUCUGUUUAUUCGUCGGGAUUGCGAGUUUUGUAUCAAAUCUCGGGAUUGUCAGGGUCUCAUUAUUUCGAACUUUGUGGGUUCGACCGUUCUCCAAAUUUUGUAUAACGACUGCCAUUUGUGACAUAAUUUACACAAUUUCGAUAUGUUUAAUGCUAUCGUUCCCGAAUAUUUUGUCAUUCCAUGAAGAUCUCAUUCCAUAUCUGUACUGCGUUGGGAGUUGGGCUCAUUCAUGCUCUACAUAUUUGACCCUGCUCCUCGUGUAUGACAAGGUUUGUCAAAUUAUUCGACCAAAGGCGGAAUUGUUAACGGCAGACGUGUCAGAUAUUAUUCGAGACUCUGCUCUCGUAAUAUUGGCCAUGCUGGGGAUAAAUGUCCCCCGAUUGUUCUGGGAAUUUGAGGCCCAGAAAAAUUGCAAAAUUAAUGACGAUGAGAAUGAUACAAAUAGGAUCAAAAUCUACUGGUACAAUUUCAUGUAUGGUGGCCUCGUGGAGGGAAUAUUUCCAAUUUUCUUCCUGUUUUUUACAAUCGCAUUCUUCGCACUUAAGAAAAUUUCAAGUCGGCUGAGAUUACGGCGCAUGGAAAUGUACAGAAGUCCUGGUGGUCGUAGAACACAUUUAAAUUUGGUUAUGGCGAUUGAAAUUUGUGUUUUGAUAUCAGAAUUGGGGGCAUUUGUACCGUUCGCGAUCUAUAUUUCGGGAGGGGACACUGCUUUUUUUGAAAUUGCGUAUUAUGCGAGUGUGUUAAUUACAUUGUCAAUUUGUUUUUCAAAGAUUUUUGUGUACACGUAUUGGGGGUCAUAUUUUAGUUCUGCUUUUAAUUCUGUCUUUCAUAAAACAAUCUGAGCAUGUAUUUAGGAUACUAUUCGAUGUGAUAAGCAGGUAAUAAAUGUAAUUUUGUCACCCCGAAAUUAUAGUUAGAUUAAUAAUUGUGACAAAAUUCCCGUGAAAUUAUUUUUGAAAGGUAAAUCGAAAUUAUCAAAGUUUUAUAUCAUAAUUUUAUAUCAAGCUACAAAUGAAAUUAAAUUUGGUGUAAAAAAAUCGGGAAA